GGCGGCGGCCGGAGCAGAGGCGGGCGGCGGCGGCGGCGGCGCUCCUCCGAGCUACGGGUCUUCGGCUCGCCUCCGCGGGGAGAACGCGCUUUCCGUCAAGCCUCGCCUCGGCGCUCCGGACGCUUCCCGUAGGGACCAUGCGCGGCCGCGAGGUCCCGCUCGUCCUGCUGGCGCUGGUCCUCUGCCUAGUGUCCCGGGGAUCGGCCGCCCCGGUGACGGCUGGCCGAGCAACCGCGCUGGCCAAGAUGUACACGCGCGGCAACCACUGGGCGGUCGGACACUUAAUGGGAAAAAAAAGAGCAGAUUCCCCACAACUUCAGGAGGAGGAGAGCCUGAAGGAACAGCUGAGGGAGUACGUCCAGUGGGAAGAAGCAACAAAGACCUUGCUAAGCCUCCUACAAGCAAAGGCGGCCCAAGGCCACCAGCCACCUCCACAGGAGCCCCUGAGCUUUCACCAGCCUGCCUGGGAUUCAGAGGACGUCAGCAACUUCAAAGACGCAGGUUCUCAGCAUGAAGGAAUGAACCCCCAGCUGAACUGACAAUGACGAUAGCCGCCUCCCUCAAAGAAGCAAAACAAAACCCUUAAGAAACUGCGUUCUAUGGGCAUCAGUUCUACUGGAUCAUCAACAAAUUUCCUUUGUGCAAAAUACUUAACUAUUCUUGUACCUUUCAACUUUGACUAAAGUCAUGAUUUUCAAGCAGCA